UCGACGGUGCCCGCGUCAAGUUCCUCAUCCGCCAUUCGCUUUUUACAUACAUAAAAAGUUCUUUACAAUAAUCCGAUUGUGUGUGAAUUAUUGCGUGUUUUGUAAUAUAUAAAUAUACGAAUUCACAAAUAUUGUGGCAGUUUAUCAAUUUGAUUUGUUAAAGCUUGAAGGUUGGAUAAGCCACACUAAGGAUUAACCUCAGAUUGGAGAUCAAGUUCGCAGAUCCGCCGCCACAACCCAGAAAUAUUUCAUAAAAUAACCGCAGAAAUGUCUACGUCGCUUCUCGCCUACGCCGUGUGCAUUGCUCUGAUCGGCAAUCUCUUAUCAGUGGACGCCAUCCGAUGCCAUCAGUGCAACUCGCAUUCGAAUGAGGACUGCGCCGGUUUGCUGGUGAAUACACCGCGCGCCCAGCGUGAUGACCAAUUUCUGAAGGACUGUCUGCCCCGUGGCGAGAAGGAGGCCUUCUGCCGCAAGACGGUGCUGAAGUUCGAGGUGAACGGCGAGCACCGCAUCGAGCGCGGCUGCGGCUGGAUCCAGGAGAAAAUGCAUAAUGCCUGCUUCACUGCCGACAACGAGGGAUACAAGCAGACCAUAUGCACCUGCAGCGAGGAGGGUUGCAAUGGGGCCACCUCCCUCCUGGGGGCACACUACACCCUGGCAGCCGCUGCCAUCAGUCUGCUCAUCGUCAGCCUAAUCAGACACUAAAACUUUAGUUCAAUCACUCAUCCGAAGCACCCUUAAAAGUACCAGUACCUUAUGUUUCUUUUCUUGUAUGCCAUAUAGGUAAUGUUAUGUCUACAGGCGCUCCCAUCUGUCCGGCAACAGUUUCGCGUUUAGUUUUGUAUUUCUAUUUAAUUUCUAUGAAAAUAUAAGUCUUAAAUUACAACAAAAAUAACCA